AGUGUGGCCGGAAGACGACUCGGGACUGCUGCUGCUCUCGGGGCGCCGCCGCCGCUCUUUCUCCUCUGCCGCCGCCGCCGUCUCCCGGCAGCCGCCGCCGCCGCCGCUGUCCGAACUUGAAGUUGUCGGCGCGCCCGUGGCAGCCGCCGCCGCCGCCGCCGCCGCGGAGGUCGCCGUGGCCGCCGGGGGCCCCUUCUCGGCGCUCUUGUCCCCAGGGUAGUCGGAGGAGGCGAGGUUUUCCGGGGUGCCGUAGGCUGUCUCGAAAAACUGGUCGAAAGCCUGUGGCAGGACGCCGUUCCUGCCCACGGUGCUAUAGAAAUUGGACGAGACGGCGGGGGUGGGGUGGUGGUAGACGUUGGCCGAGCUCUUGGCCAGCACGUCGCCAGGCACGCCGGCCGCGCUGGGCGCCUGCAGGCAGUCUCUGUGCACGAGCUCCUCCGCGGAGUAGCAGUGGGCCAGAUUGCCGCGGGGGUGCCAUUUAGUGGCGGGCUCAAUGGCGUACUCUCUGAAGGUCACUUCGCGCACGGGUUGGACCUGGGGCAGGUUGGAGGAGUAGGAGUAUGUCAUUGGGCGCGAAGACGGGGUCUGGGGCAGAAAAGAAGGGAGGCUGGAGAAAUCUGGACCCGAGACGUAGUAAGUACAACUUGGCAAAUACAUGUUAGAGGAGCAGGGACCACGCUCAUCAAAAUCCAUCAUUGGGCUACCUUGGGCUCUCCGCAGUAGCCGAGCUUAACAUGAUUCUCCACUGCAGCUGCCUCUUUGAAGCGGAUCCGUGAAGUAGAAAUUUGGAGACGUAAAGCUGACGUGGAAAUCUAUCCCCAUCCUUAGCAGGGAGGUGCUGGUCAUGUGACCCGAUGUUGAAAUUGACAAGCUGCGAGCUAGUCCGGGCCUUUUUUCCCCCCCUCUUUCCUUUUUUUUUUUUCCUCCCCUCCCCUCCCUCCCGGCUUCCUUUCUUUGUAGCCACCUCAGGGGAAGCAACAGAUCGUCACUCGGUGUUCUCACCGAAAGCACGUAAUCGCCGGUGUAACUCAUGUUGGCUGGGGGGGCCUCCCGGCGCGCGGAGAGGCUGGGGUGCGCCCCCAUGCAGCAUGCUUGUGCUCAAUUGCAGGGUCCUCGUUCUCGAGUGUGCAGAGGGCGGUGAGAGCUCAACUCUCGUCCCCACCUCCCACCCGCAGCUCCUCACCCGGUGGGUGAGGAAUGCCCUGGACUGGGGAUAGCCAGGUGGGAGUCCGUCGCUGUGUGGCCUGUGGUCUCGGAGUCGGUUCUCCUGGAGGCUCGCAUUUGCACCCCCUUCUUCGCAGUCCCCCUCCCAUAGACUUGCUCUGGGAAGCGCUUCUGCCUCCGACCCUAGCCGGAACCCCUUCGGGGCCAGAGUUUGAAGCCGUGGAUGUGCCUGCCUCGUGGCUUGUCCGAUUUGCACGGUGACUUGAUUACACUUUCUCAUUCAUGGUUACUUCCGAAGCGCUUUAGUGCUUUCCGUCCCUAAACCGCCAACAGCCAGAACGGCUUCUCCCCGCGGUUUGUCACUGAGCCGCAGGGCCCGGAAGGGCCUUCGUCUUACCCGGGAUCCACCUCUCCCCUCAUCUUCCCUGCCUGCCUCCUCAUCCCACCUUCUGUCCUUGGAGAAACCCCCUCCUCCUCGCUGCCUGCCGGGCUUCGGAGUGACUCGGCAGAGACAGAGGCACAGGGGCUGCCCUGCUGCUCACCGGUCCACCCAUCUGCCUGGUCUUCUGGAGCUGAGGACUCGGGAAACCAUGCAAUUGAGGCAAGCCUUGGGCUGCUUUAGAGGCGCUGACAUCCGAGGAGCCUUCUCCUGGGAUUGAAGGAGCAAUGUUUGGAGGAAGUGAAAGAAGGGAGAGGACACAGAGCAGCCAGGCAGGGCCAGGAGCUGAGAGGUGCCCAGACCUGAGGCCUCCCAACAACUCUCUUCUUGGAAGGAUCUGGGGUGUUGCUGAAGGAAAAUAAAAAAUAUGUAAAAAGAUAACCUUUUGCUUUUCCCUCUCCAGGAAAUAGCCAAAGUUAUGUACAUAUCUUGGGGAGAUUUAGAGUAUAAACUCUAAGAUCUUUGGUAUUUAAGUGUCAACAUCGAUCUAUUUAUUGCUGAGCUGACUGUAACUGACUCAAUAACAAAUCUAAUCAUGUAUUGCACUGGAAAAGAAAUAUUCUCAUUAUGUAUUUUCUCCAAAAAAUGGCCUACCAUUGCGUUUGAAUACCUGCUGUAAAUAUCAAUAAUAUGGAGUAAUUACUCCGUAGUCGAGUAAACUAAUUUAUUAGCAUUAAUGUUUAUGUGGCUCUCCACCUCCCCCCAGCACCACCUUUACAAGGAUUGCUUAUCACAAAUCAAGCUACUUGGACACAUUGGUUUAAUAAACUCUUUAUUCAAGAUUUGCUACAAGAACUUUCAUGUCCCUUGAAUCCCUGAGAACUGAACUUGAAAUUAUUCGUGCAUCUUCAGCUUGACAUAUUUGUCCACUGUGGCUUGUCCAGAGGGCAGCAGUGCUGUGAGUGAGAAGGUCCAGUGGGAAGGAAGGUUAUUGGAGAAGAGCAGCUUCAGACCUCCUAAAGCUGGGAAGCACAUUUACAGAAUUGCCCUGCAGCGAAAAAAACUUCUAUUUCCAGCAGUGACCAACAAGGCAAAAUGUUUGUUUCUCCACAGCAUCUCUUUUUUAGAGACAGAAUAUAGAAGACAGAAGGAGAGGUUUCAAACAGCGGUAUUCGAGCUGUUCCCUGGCUUGAUUUUGGCUAUCCCAAGCUCUCUCUCUCUGCAGCCCACCCAGUCCACGCCACCCCUACCUUCGAACAAAAGGAAUGCAUGAAGGGUUUCAGUGACUUUGCCAUAACAAAGGCGCCACCAUUGCGGGGCUCGCCCCGCCCCUGGGUGAAGGCAAACAAAUUCUUGCACUUGUAUUAGGGCUUUUAAGACCAUAAUUGAACCCGGGGGCGUCUAGGAAAACCGAAAACAGUUCUAGACAGACCUGCGGUUUUAUAGCAGUUUUGGCAGUCAACUUCAGCUUGUGCCUGAGCAGACGGGGCUGUGGUGGCCCGCCAGCGGGGGAUGCCAAGCCACCUCCCCCAGCGGCACGCAGCCCCUCUCUUAAUUAGAUCGGUUUUCCCCUGGUGUCAGGGAGAGCGGUCCUGGCAGAAAGGAGGUCCAACAGCCGAGCUUAGCCCACCGGGCUCUGGGAAAGACCCGACUGAAGCCAAAGCCGCCCCGGAAGGCCAAGUCCGAGUUCCAUUUCUUGAAGAGGCCGGAGCGGGUAAGGCUGUGACACUGGCCCUGGCGACUGGCUUCCCAGGAGCUGUUCUUUCUCAGGAGCUCCACAGCGCGGUCCAUCUCCAGAAAACUGUCUUCAGAGUGUAUUUCCUUUUAUCGUCAACCCAGAGCCCCACCGCGGCUAAUGCAAGAGGCCAAAAAAUGUUUGGAGGAAGAAAAACAAAGGCAGGAAGUGGCGGCGGCCUGACGGUGCGUGUGUGUCUGCGGAGAAGGGAGGGAGCCGGUUCAGUCUCUUCUUGUUUUUCCAAACUUCAAGGUCCAGGCAGCCCUCUGCAGGGCCGGGCCCCAUCGCUCCCCGCGCAGCCUUGGAGGUGGCCACCCGGAGAGGAGAAGGCCAACGCCCGCGCCAGGCUUGUCAGGCGGAAACGGCUAACAAGGAGAUUUGGUCAGCAAAACAGACCGAGCCUUUCCGAGGCUUCGUCUGACUUGGCCCGAAAGGUUGGGGAGGGGGGGCUUGCGCAGCGCCUCAGGGACCCUCCUCUCUGGGGACUACCAUCCCUGAGCCUUACGCUUCGUUCCACCGCCUUUGCAGGCGGAAUAUCGGAAUAAAGUGGGUCCAGGCGCC